AUGGACGUCCCUAUACGCGAAAAGCAUGCCCGGGAUGCUCACUCGCUCUUACCUGGUGGCGAACACGCACAAACAUCUGAGUUCUCUAAUACUCGACGCGUUUCGCGUCUCUCGCCCAACUUACUCGUGGUCGCGAUCUUGGUGUCCCUCGCGCUAGCAUGGAUGCGAUACCCAGCUUUGACCUGGUCGCACGGGAACAAGCCGUCCUCGAAGUGCUCGCAGCGCGACGGAACGGAGGAAUUUGACUGGAACGUGGUUGUCCCGAGAGAGAAACUCGUCUGGCACCCAUGCGAGGAGAAGUUCGAAUGUGCGAAGCUCUCUGUGCCUCUCGACUACUCGAACCCAUCGGGAAAGAAGGCUUCCCUUGCGCUCAUCAAGGUUCCCUCCAAAGUUGCACCCAGCUCCGAAAGCUAUCGCGGUCCAGUCUUGUUCAAUCCAGGUGGUCCCGGGGGUUCUGGAGUGCUCACCGUCAGGCUCGCCGGAGAGUUGUUCCAAAGGAUCCUGGGAGAUGACUACGAUAUCAUCGGAUUCGACCCUCGUGGUGUCGGGCUCACGGAGCCCUCAGUCGCAAUCUUCAACGACGAGCGGGAACGCGCCGCCUGGCAGCUCAAGCGCGGGCCCGCGUACAACGCGACCGACGACGCCCUCGCCCGCGCAUACGCCCGCGCCCAGGUCAUGGGCAGCCUCGCCGAGGCACGCAGGAAGGAGGCUGCGCAGUACGUCAGCACGCCGAUGGUGGCGCGCGACAUGCUCAGCAUCGUGCGUGCGCACGGGAGGGAGAAGCUGCAGUACUGGGGAUUUAGGUUAGGGGAACCUCCGCUCCUAUGGACGCUAGUUCGCAAGGCUGACACGCAUUCCCCGAGCAGCUACGGAACCGUCUUGGGGAUUACAUAUGCGUCCAUGUUCCCUGACCACGUGGAACGCAUUAUCGUUGACGCGCUGUGGUCCAACAACCUCCGCGACACAGACAAGGGGCUUGAUAUCUUCUACGCCGCCUGCGCCAACAGCACGGAUUGCGCCUUGCACGAAUCUACGCCCUACGCUGUCCGGUCUCGCGUCGAUGCCAUCUUCGCCAGCCUCCGCCGGAACCCCAUUCCGGUCUCGCUCAAUGGCAGCACCGACUACGGCCUAGUCGACUACACCCUCGUGCGCGAAAAUGUCUUUUGGUGGCUCUACAGUCCGUAUCAGAAGGCGCCUAUGAGCGCACCGGUGCUCGCAAGCGCGCUCGCUGCCUUGGAGCGGGGCGACGGCCGCCCCUUUUGGGCUCUCCACAAGCCCGAGCUGAAGCUGGAGUGCGAUUGCUCGCCCACGAAGCCGGCGGCGGCGCUGCUGAGCUGGGAGUCCUUCUAUGCGAUUGCGUGCGGGGAUGGGAAGCCGGUGGACACCGAUGUCGAGGGCCUGCACGCGUUCUACGACGAGAUGGCGAAGGACUCGAGCUUCGCGGAGGUUUGGGAGCCGAGGCUGGACUGCGCGGGUUGGAAGAUACAAUCGAAGGAACAGUUCCACGGUCCUUUCGCUGGCAACACCAGCUUCCCGAUUUUGCUCAUCGGGAACACCGCUGACCCCGUCACGCCCCUAUGGAGCGCUCACAAGAUGGCGGCGGGCUUUUCAGGGGCUGUCGUCCUAACACAGAACUCUGCCGGUCACUGCUCCCUGGCAGGAGCGUCGCUGUGCGUGGCGAAGUACGUCCGCGACUACUUCCGCGAAGGCAAGUUGCCGCCGGCGGACGCGGUGUGUGAGAUUGAAGACGAGCUGUUCCCGGCUUCAUCAAACAUCAAGCAAGCGGACCUCGUGCUUAACGAGGAGGAAAGGGCGCUUCUGAACGCGAUGAGAGGGCUCACCGACCAGUUCGUGGUGUCUCGUCUGCACUGA